AUGGCGCCCAUUGCGAAGAAGCAGAACACUGGUAAAAGUGGGAAGAAGAAGAAGCAGGUCCUGAAGUUCACAUUGGACUGCACCCAUCCUGUUGAAGAUGGCAUUAUGGACGCCGCCAACUUUGAGCAGUUCCUUCAGGAACGUAUCAAGGUCAACGGGAAAGCGGGCAACCUCGGUGGCGGUGUGGUGUCCAUCGAGAGGAGCAAGAGUAAGAUUACAGUGUCUUCGGAGGUGCCCUUCUCUAAAAGAUACUUGAAGUAUCUGACCAAGAAGUACCUGAAAAAGAAUAAUCUUCGUGACUGGUUGCGUGUGGUGGCCAACACCAAGGAGAGCUAUGAGCUGCGCUACUUCCAGAUCAACCAGGAUGAAGAGGAGGAGGAGGAUGAAGAUUAA